AUGGGGCAUGGGUUGUUGACCCAAAUGACAACUCACUUGACUGUGUAUGUUUACAACAUGAACAUGCAAUCGCUUCUCACUCUUUUCACUCUCUUUUGUGUCCUAGUCACAAGCUGGGCUCAACCCACAAAAGACUUAGAAGGCCGCCUGGAAUUCGGUGAUAAGACCCCUUUCAAUGUCACAACAAGAAUAACCUUGAAUAAUGGAGAAUUCAGCACCUAUUCGAAAAUCGAUGGAAGCUUUACCAUAUACGAUGUGCCCCCAGGAAUUCAUCAAUUGGACAUUCACUCCACAAACUAUCACUUUGGACAGAUCAAGAUUCAAUUGCUGGAAGAUUCUAUGGAUUCUCCCAACUGUUUAGAAUAUGCCUUUCCAGGAGCUACCAAGCAAAUCAUUAGCUACCCCUUGGUAAUGUAUCCAUAUGCAACCUACCAAUACUUUGAACCCCAAAAGGGAUUCUCCAUUUUGCGAUUGCUCAAGAGUCCCAUGGUUCUCAUGAUGAUCUUUGGUGGUUUCAUGAUGUACGUCAUGCCCAUGAUGAUGGAAGGAUUGGAUCCUGAAGAAAAGGCAGCCAUGAAGAAGCAAAUGGAAGCUCAACAGGAUCCGACCAAAAUGUUUUCGCAAAUGUUGGGAGGCCUUACCGGAGCUCCAGAGGAGGAAGACACCGGCAAGUCUCGAAAAGAGCGACGCAAACUUAGAAGCAAGAAACAAUAG